GCUACACCACCCACCGUGCUGCUGGGGUGUACCACAAUGCUCCUUUGAGGUCAUUCACCUGCAGCUCUCCACCAUCAACCUCUGUUUCUCGCUGUCGUUGUCGCCAUCGUCGCUCGCCUAUCCCAUUUACGCCUAUUGUCGAAGAGCUUACGACCAAAUUCGUCAUGCGUUUCUCCGUGACAGCCGCCCUUGCGGCGUGCUGUGCGUCCGCGCAGGCAUUCUCCGACUCGACGCCAUUCAUCCUCUUCUCAACAGCCAAAUUCACAGCUCCCGACAGCACACGGCAACUCCAGUCGAGCGACGAGGUCGUGUUCUCCGCCAAGAACAUCCUCUCUUCGUGUCCAACGGAUCGGUAUCUGCUCGUCACGCAGCCCAACCUCAAUGCUGGCCAUCUGAGAAACGCCGAGGCUGUGCCCAAGCUGUACAGCUCGCUCCAGAAGUCGAAGAGCUCCUUCAGCAUCGCCGAGGUCGCCGGCACCGUUGACGUCAAGCAGCUGUACGACUACAUCAACAAGGCAUGCGACGGCAAGCCUGUCCUCGUCGACGAGGUCCACUUGACCGCAUUGUCCAGCAUCAACAGCGCCACUCUCGGCGAGAAUGACAAAAACUUCGGCAUGGUCAUCGACCAGUACGACAUGGCCGGCGACUACACUGUCCUAUACACGGCCGGCUCGAGAACCGAGGAGCCGCAGGGCUACACUCCCGAGUUUACCGACAGCAUGCGGACAGAGCUGAAGCGCCAGGUGCAGCACCCGGCCCGGAAGUUGAACUCGACCUUCGAGAACCUGCCUCUGUUUGAGAAGUACCAAUUCUUCACGCCUGGUAUCUUUAUGGCUUUCUUCGUCAUCCUCAUCCUCGGCUCCAUCCUGUUUGUUGGUGUCUCCGCUGUCGCCAGCCUGAAGGUACCGUAUGGCGCCUUUGACAAGGACAUGGGUCCCUCGGCGCAGAAGAAGCAGUAGAUCAAGGAGUUGUGUGUGGGUGUGGGGUUCAUCCGACAGGCGAGCAGGGACGAGAGUCAUAUGUAUGGACAAUGUGUUUUGCCCUUGGCCAAUGCGGGUGCACGAUGAAUGUAAUAUAGGUUCCCGCGCAGAUUAGUAGCCCAAGAUGCCGGGGCUGUCUCACGACUUGACCAUUUUUACUCGUAGUCGGUGGUUGUAGAUCGAGGAUUCAUGCUUUUCUUCUUUGGCUAUCAAGGAAAGGCUCCUCUUGCCGUCAAACAGAAGGUCAAAUACUCCACAAAC